GCAGCGGUGGCGGCUGGGUGGCGGCGUGGGGGAACAAUGGGCUCCUUCUCCUCGGCCCUCAGAGGGGCCGUGGUGUAAGGGACGAGGGGGAGGACGGCGCCUGGGGAGCACCAUGAGCUCCGCCGAAAUUAAGAAGCCUCCGGUGGCCCCCAAACCAAAAUUUGUGGUAGGACACAAGGCGACGCCUCCACCUGUUGCACCGAAGCCCGAUGUUGUACUUUCUGGUGUUAUACAAGCAGCAAGGAAAACCAAGCCAGCAAUUGCACCGAAACCAAAGGUUCUCAAGAGCUCAUCCAUUCCGGAAGUUAAACCUCCGUCAUCUACACGAAAAAGCACAAAAAGCUUUGAGGAGCACAGGGGAGAUUCUUCUCAAACACUAGACCACCUGAACUAUAAAAAUGAAGCCUCGGAAGGGAGUACUGAUAACACAGCAUAUAUUCUACCAGUGUCAUCUUGCAAAUUUGAAUGCCUUCAUAAGCUUGGAAAUGGGGAGAACACCUGUAAAACUCAGAUCAUUUUUGAGCGCUUUGACAACUUAGAGAACAUCAAAGUUGGUGAAAAAACUGCACUAGCUCUGGGGGAUAGUCACAAUGAAAAACUGGCGAAUAGAAAUCAGGUGGUUUUGAAAGCCAGCAUUUUGGAAGAGAAACUUAAGGAUGUUCUAACUCAUAGUGUGUUUCCUAACAGCAGUCCUGUGAGGCACAGGUAUGCAGACAAACUUGGCAAAGGGGAUGGCAGCAGUUCCAAGAACAACGUUAAAAUAGAGUUUAUGGAACUUGUACAGUCUUCGGCGCCUUCUGAGGUAGCUAAAGGGAAGCAACAAAAUACUGACAGUAAGCUCAUUGCUGAUGAGUUUCAGAUGUCUGAAAUUUGUCCUAGUUUGACUGAAAAUAAUCACCAUUACUCUUGCCCAUUGGACCAGGAAAUCCUGGAAAAUGAAAAUUUAAGUAGCAAUAGUACAUUUUCAGGUGAAAAGGGUGUGAGAGCAGAUGCUGAUAAAACCUCCUCUGAAACAUCUUCAGUCCUGAGCUCAAAAGUGCUUCCAGUCCCUAAGCCAAGAAAGCCACGUGCUGCCUGUCUAAUCCGUCAGGAUGGCAUAGACACCGCAGGAGAAGGAACAAAGGAACCGUCUAAUUCAGAGAAAGAUUCCUUUGGACUUGUGGAACAAAGCGUUAAAAAGCCAGCAAAAAUUAAUAUCCUUGGUCAAAGUGUUUGUUAUAACAAUAACACAGAAGUGCUUCAUCCUGAAAAAUGUGAGAUAACUCAAAGCAAUGCAGAAAAAACACAUCAGGUGAAGGAACCUGCUGCAGAAGAGUCAACUUCACAAAAUCUUUUGCCUCAGUUGUCACAGAAAACUUCUGAUUUGGUGGAAAGUGUUGAAUGUUCUUUAGAUGCAGACCGUAACGUAGUUAGCUCUAUAGAUGAGAUGACAGAUGAUGCCAGUAUGCUAGAUGCUGUGGACAAAAGGACUAACUUUGUCAGGUGUGAUACUUUGUCCAUGAGUUUGCCAAAACAACUCAAAUUAACUGGCAGUCAGCACUCAUCUGCCUCCAAUAGCCUCCAUGUUUCCCAACAAAAAUUGGAAGAUAAAGAAGUUAAAAUAAAGGAUGAAAGUUCUCCAAAAAUCGUUCCGAAGAAACCACAGCGGCACAGCCUACCAGCUGCUGGCCUGCUGAAAAAAGCUGCAUCAGCAGAGCUUGUGGAGAAAAGUUCUUAUCCUUCGAGUGAGGACAAAUCGAACAGUGUUCUGCAAGGAUCUCACUUCACGCGUCCACCAGACAAAGAGCAAGGCGCGCUGUCGUCCUGUGACAUACCCAAACGUUCUUCUGAGAAACCCGUCUGGAAGUUACCUCAUCCUAUUCUUCCAUUUUCAGGAAAUUCUGAAUCACUAAAAACUGCUAGUGUUGCUACCAGCUUCAACCACUUGACUGUUGUGACGAAGCCCAGGGCCAAAUCUCUCUCUUCUGUGGACAUGGAAAGGACAGACAAGCCUUGCAAAGACCAUCAGAAGAAAAAUAGCUUGAAAAAGUUUCUUAACAUGAAACUGUCAGUUUGCUUACUGAAAGGCGACUUCCAAAAAUUUUUGUCUAAAGGCAGCCAGUCAAUGGAUAGUGCUGUUGCCAGCCUUUCCACUGGGGAUGGGUAUGGAAUUGGUAGCAACCGGAAUAUAGCAUCUGUAGGCAGUGAAAGGAAAGCUAAAUCUGCCAAGGCGCAUUCAGUAGAAAUAAGUAGUCCGGCAUUACAGAAGAAGAGGCAGAGAAACAGAAGCCAACCUGAGAUGCGAAGUAACCAAAGGCUGGAGUCUUUAGAUGGGCACGUGCUAUUGGGAGAGAACUUGUCACAAAUGCAUUUGAAUUCUGUAACCAGCGCUUGUGCUCCAGAGUAUGAGAAUGUGCGUCACUAUGAGGAAAUACCUGAGUAUGAGAACUUGCCUUUUGCUAUGGCUGCUGCGAGAAAUCUCUGUUUUGAAUGUCACAACUCCAGCAGUGUGGAAGACCAGACCCCUGGCUUCUAUGAGGUUGAAGAGCCUUGUGAAGCUACAAGCAGGCGUUUGAGACUUGGCAGGUCCUUAGAAGACCACCACAAUCAUCCUAACGUGGUAAUAGGAGAUCUUCAGUCAGAUGAAGAAGAUAUCAUGAACAGUUCUGAUGAAGAUGAUGACACAAAUUCUGAUUCCAGCAAAGGGGAGCCUGAUCCUCAAGAAGAUAAACAGAGUAAGGCAGCUGGAAAGAAGACAAAGGUUUACCAUAUUGCCAAGGAGAUCAUGAGCUCAGAGAAAGUGUUUGUGGAUGUGCUAAAGCUCUUACACAUUGAUUUCCGCGAUGCUGUGGCGCAUGCCUCUAGGCAGCUUGGAAAGCCAGUGAUUGAGGACAGAAUCCUGAAUCAGAUCCUGUACUACCUACCUCAGCUGUACGAACUCAACCGGGACCUCCUGAGGGAACUGGAAGAGCGAUUAUCUCACUGGCUUGAACAUCAAAGAAUUGCUGAUAUAUUUGUUAAAAAGGGUCCCUACUUAAAGAUGUAUUCAACUUACAUCAAAGAAUUUGAUAAAAAUGUUGCACUACUAGAUGAACAGUGUAAGAAGAAUGCAGGUUUUGCUUCAGUAGUCAAAGACUUUGAGAUGAGCCCCCGCUGUGCUAGUCUGGCCCUCAAGCACUACCUGCUCAAGCCGGUUCAGAGGAUUCCCCAGUACAGGCUCCUGUUGACAGAUUAUUUAAAGAAUCUUGUGGAAGAAUCUGCAGACUAUAGGGAUACUCAAGAUGCUCUAGCUGUUGUCAUAGAAGUUGCAAACCACGCCAAUGACAUCAUGAAGCAGGGAGAUAACUUCCAGAAACUCAUGCAGAUCCAGUACAGUUUAAAUGGACACCAUGAGAUCGUGCAGCCAGGAAGGGUCUUUCUGAAAGAGGGAACACUGAUGAAGCUGUCCCGGAAGGUCAUGCAGCCACGAAUGUUUUUUCUGUUCAAUGAUGCCUUGUUGUACACGACUCCAGUUCAGUCAGGGAUGUAUAAACUCAACAAUAUGCUGUCGUUGGCUGGAAUGAAGGUUAAAAAGCCAACCCAGGAAGCGUAUCAGAAUGAACUGAACAUUGAAAGCGUAGAGCGAUCCUUCAUUCUUUCAGCAAGUUCUGCUACAGAAAGAGAUGAGUGGUUAGAAGCUAUCUCCAAGUCAAUUGAAGAAUAUACGAAAAAGAGAAUCACAUUUAAUCCUAGCAAAAGUCUUGAAGAGGCAGAUCCAGAGAAACAGGAAGAAGACAGUCCGCUGGGAUCAAAGGCUCCCAUCUGGAUCCCUGAUACUAGAGCCACUAUGUGUAUGAUCUGUACAAGUGAAUUCACGUUGACGUGGAGAAGGCAUCACUGCAGGGCAUGCGGAAAGAUUGUCUGUCAGGCUUGUUCAUCAAAUAAACAUGGUUUAGACUAUAUGAAAAACCAGCCAGCAAGAGUAUGUGAUCAUUGCUUCAGGGAGCUACAGAAACAAGAUAAUCAGUGCACUCCUAAGACCGGAUCCCCAGUCAACCAUAAAUCUCCAUCAAGUGCCUUGUCUACAGUAUUACACAGUAUUCCCUCUGGAAGAAAGCAGAAAAAAAUUCCUGCAGCCCUCAAAGAAGUUUCAGCAAAUACAGAAGACUCUACAAUGAGUGGCUACCUACACAGAUCUAAGGGCAGUAAGAAACCAUGGAAACACCUAUGGUUUGUUAUAAAAAAUAAGGUGCUAUACACAUAUGCUGCUAGUGAGGAUGUGGCAGCAUUGGAGAGCCAGCCUUUACUUGGAUUCACAGUCAGUGAAGUAAAAGAUGAAAACUCAGAGUCUAGAGUGUUCCAUUUACUGCACAAAAACACUUUAUUUUACAUAUUCAAAGCAGAUGAUCCCCAUUCAGCUCAAAAGUGGAUAGAAGCUUUUCAAGAAGGCACCAUAUUAUAGCAGUGUCAGCAUCGUGUCGGCAAGUUUAAAGAAUGCCCAAGGAUGGUGGUAAAACAGAGCACAGCAGCUGUUCAAAGAAACAGAGUCCUGCCGUCUCAACCUACGCAAAAUUGUAUAUUUGUCAGAAUUAGGAGUUGGUGCAUUUUUAGUAUAAGGUAAUAUUUUUUUAAAGAAUUGUGUGUAUUUCUGUGUUGAUACAAAAUGUGUUAUUUAUUAAAUUCCAAUGUUUACUUUAAUGGUCAAAAUUAUUUGUGAGGUCUGCAAUGAGGUCGAAAGUGCCCAUGUCUUCAGAAUGGCAGGUGGUUGGUCAACAUAUUCCUAAAGUUUGUGCUUUUUUAAAAAAAAAACAACACAAAACAAAAAAAACAAAAACAAAAACAAAAAAAACCCCAACCAACAAACAAAAAAACCCAAAUCUGUUGCAAUUGUACAGUUCCUCGUGAUUUGUGUAUAGGUCCGGAGUUGCUGAUGCUCACUUUGCAAUUUAGCAAGAACAGAUCAGAAUAGGAAUUUCAAAGGUUUUGGAUCUUUGUUAGCUAUGUAAACUCCUUUAUGAGAAGUUGUAUGGUAUUGCUGCUCCUUUCCUUGAAUGGCAGUUGAAAUCUUGCAUACCAGUCCAUUAAAACAGGACAACAAAUUCUGUAUCACUGAAGCUAUUGCAAAGUACAGUUCAAUUAUUAAAAAAGAGAAAAGGGAAAAAUAUUUUAAAACAGACUUUGCAAUUACAGAGAUGAGGCACUGGAGCAUCUUCAGUACUACAAAUGCCAAAGAGACUAAAUAAGAUAUCUUCAAACAAUUGCAGGAUAUGUUUUCUUUUAUGUUUCCAGUAGUAAUUUAAAGUAGAGUAAAAAUUACAUUCCUGAUAUACAGGGAAAAGAUGAAAUAUCUUAUUUGGUUCAAAACUUUGUGUCAAAUUAGUUCUGUAUGCAGUAUGAAACACUGUAUAAACUAUUGUUCAAAGAACGUUAAACAAAUAUAUGCACCCCCCUCUCCCAAAAUUUUAAACUAUUGUAUAUUUAAAUAUUAUGUCUAAACUGGAAUUGCCAUACCAAGAAAACCCAGCAUUUUUAGUGCAGGUGGCAUUGAAAUGUAUACCAUUCUUUGAAAUACCUUUUGUUUACACUGUGAUUUGUUCUGUUUGACACUUUAAAACACAAUUCAGUUUUAGGUGUUUAAGGUGUUUAAGGUUUUUUUCUUUAAGAAAAUUGUUGGUAUACCUCAUUAGGAAAUACUUACUGAUGAUUCUGGUGCAUUUAUUCUAUUUAACUUUUGAAAAUUUUUUAACACUGUAAUAGCAUAAAUGGAACUAGAACUAUGAAAAACACCUGAAAGGAUGCCAUUUUUAUGUCAGAUGUGAUGCGUAGUCAGUCAACUUUACUGUAUGAAACACUUCUCAGUAGUCCUCUGAAUCAAGUUAGUUGUGGUAACAGAAUUAAGAGCAAUCCCCUUUUAAUUAACAGUUUGAAUGCAUGUUAAUAGCUAUUCUAUGGCCUCACAGAGGUAAGAGAUGGUAGGGUAGUUAGUAGUCAUCACAAAAAGGCCAAGAAUGAAAGUGCAACCCAAAAUUCUCUUACUCCCUCAAAUAUCUGAAGAUCAGGUCUAAGAUACUAACGUAGCUCUGAAGAAGCUUGAUUUUCCAGAGCUUCUGUUAAGUUAGUAGCGGGCUUGGAAGACUAAUGCUUAAUAUUAAGUAUAUAAGUAAUUUCAUUGACUUCCAGCAUUUCAGUAGAGAACCCUUCUGAAUCAGGGACUUAAGGCAGUAGAUCUGGCUUCCCUCACGAGCACUAGAGAUUUGGCCAGAUAGUGUUUGAAAUUCAGUGGGAGUCUUAGCGAAGCCUUUAUUCUCUUUUAUGUUACUGCAAAUGAGCUAAGUGAAAAUUUUUCUCUUGUUAUAUAUAAAGGGCUUUUACUUAAGUUUCAAAACCAGCCGCUGACUGAAGCCACGUAAGCUAUUAGCGUGUCUCUUCAGGGUAAUUUCUGGCAUGGCUUUUACUGUAUCCAAAACACUGAUACCAAUGUAACAUAGGUGUAACGUGGCUCUUCCAGUUGAUAUUAUCAAAGGCAAGAGCUUCUUAAUAUUUUUUAUAAGGACAGCACACCAACUAAGAUGGAAAGCCAUGAACUGGCAAAUGAAUCAGAAAUUUGGCUAGGAGCAAGCUAAUUUAAUUUCAAUUUAUGGUUUGAUAUUGAUCUCCCUGCUGCAAAAUAGAGCAAUAAAAGUCAAAUAGAUACUGAAUAAGGUGCCCGAGUUCUGCCUCAUAUGUGGCAUCUAACUACCUCUCAAGGAUUUGGUGUAGAGUGAGAAAAUAGUUUAAAGUGUUCUGUGAAAGUCAGAGGACUUCUUCCAGAAGCAGUUGAUCAAUCAAAAAAUCUUUCUGCGGCAGAAAUAGGUCGGAACAGAGCCUUAAAAACAAUAGUACACAUAUUGCAGUUUAAUUCUGUGUGAAAUAAAUUGUCUUUGUAAACAUAUUUGAAUACUUCUUUUCCUCUCUCUCCAGCACUAGUGCU